UGGCAACUCCAACCAAUGGCUGCACUGGAGCCGCGCAGAAGCGUGUGUAACCAGCCUCGCUUUAACACUCGUGUUUCCCUCGCCGCCAUCGCGAUAGCUCUUGCUUCGGUAGCGGACGGGUCUUUUACGCGGCUCUUGCUUCGAGGCCUAUUUCGAUCACUUAGACAAUGGCGUCAGAUGAAGGAAAGCUCUUCAUUGGAGGACUCAGUUUCGACACCAAUGAACAAAAUUUGGAGCAGUUGUUCUCGCCCUAUGGUGACAUUGCAGAAGUGGUUGUGGUGAAAGACCGAGAGACCCAACGAUCCAGGGGAUUUGGUUUUAUUACCUAUUGCCGUCCUGAAGAUGCCAAGGAUGCCAUGCGAGCCAUGAAUGGAGAGUCUGUGGAUGGACGUCAGAUCAGAGUUGAUCAGGCUGGAAAAUCUUCCCGUGGCUCUUCUGGAGGCAGAGGGCGUGGACGUGGAUUUUCUAGAGGAGGCGGUGGAUAUGGAGGUGGCCGUUAUGACAACAGAAGCGGUGGAUAUGGUGGAUCCAGAGACUAUUAUGGCAGCAGAAAUCAGGGAGGCUAUGGGGACCGUUACUCUGGAAGCUCUUACAGAGACAAUUAUGAUAAUUAGGUGGAAGGGGGCACCUCUGGAUCCUGGAAGAGAGUUUACCUCAAGGCUGGAGUUGAAAACAAGACUUGCUCUUUGGUACCUUUCGAGCUUCUGUCUUGUGCGUAUGUUGAUGUGGUCAUUCACAGACUUGAAUAUUAGAUGGUCCACUCAGCCAGUGAAAUAAGUUUGGGGGAGAGUACUAAUUCCAUACAUUACUGUUUGCCGCACAAAGCCCUUCUUAACCAAGGCAGGCUAUGGGUCUUCGUUAUGUUGAUCUAAUAGUUAAACAACCAAAUGGCAUCCCAACUAGUAAAACAAGGCUCAUGAAAUUUGGAAUAUAACUUUUUAAAGAUGGAAUACUCUUUAUUAAAAUACUUGCUAUGGCUUCUAAAGGGUUUUCCUUCAAAAAUCUAUUUUGCUCUUUGUAGAGUUCAUCAAAACAAAUGUGGGUUAUGAUAAAAAGCAAUAUUUCCCAUUUUUGAGCAAUGAAAUGAUAAAAUGCCACAGCUCUCAAAUAAUUGUUCCCAAUUCAACCUCUUUAAGUUACCCUUCAGUCCCGUCCCAUCCCUUAUAAAUACCACUUAUUAUAAAUUUGCAUGUAAAUAAAUUCAUGCAAGCAAAAGCUAAUAUGGCAGGUAGUCCUCAACAACCGUAAUUGGGAUCAGAGCUUCUGUUGCUAAAUGAUGCAGUUAUUAAAUGUUAAGUGCAAAUGUAUACCUUUACCAUGGUCAUUAAGCGAAUCUGGCUUCCUCCAUUGACUUCUUAUCAGAAGCUCCCCGGGAAGGUGAUAAGUGGCAAUCAUGUGACCCCAGAACUCUGCAACCAUAUAUAUAUAUAAUACACACUAGUUGCCAGGUGCCCAAAUUUUGAUCAUGUGACUGGGGAUGGGAUGCUUGUGUGAGGAUUGGUCACGAAUUACUUUUUGACUGCCAUCUUAACAGUCAUCAAACAAGUCCUAGGUUAAGAGCUAUCUGUACCUUUAUUUUAAAAAUCCAUAAAAACAACAAAAAAGAAUAAACAUCUCUCCACCCACACCCCUUGGGUGUAAUGCCAUGCCACCUGAAGUCCUCAAAGACACUUUCAGGACAAUUCCCAGCAACCACAAUAACAAAAAUCUCUGCCUUACAUUUCAUUGCAUUUUUUAAUGCAAUGUCUGCCAAAAAUGUUUUACCCUGAUUUUAUAGAUUUCUUUACCAGAUGCCAUCAUACUGUUUACAACCAAGUGAUAAUCCCAUAAAGCAAAAGAGGAAAGCUUGCUUGGUCUUUAUACCAAGAACUGGUUUUAAAACAUCAAGUUUUCUUCUUUUACUUCACAAGUUUUUGAUAAAUGACAAAAAUAGGCAAUCUUAAUGGUUUUUCCUAAUGUUAUUCAGGAGAAUUGUAUGAUAUGGGGAUUUUCUUCAGGGUGGAAGCAUGAAAGAUAAAGGCUAUAUUCCCUCUAUAUUGCCUUCUGGUUUCUUUAAUUAUCAACUAUCCAACUAAGGCAAUAUACUUUUUUUUCAGUUGCAGAAAGCUGCUUUUUUUUUUUUUAGAUAAGAUGCAAAAGUGUUCUUAACCACAAGUGUAAGUUAAUUCUGGGUGUAGAUUGUGAGGUGUUUUUUCCCCAACUUGUAGAGAAUUAUUUUGUGAUGCACAUUUAUUUAACUAAAGCAGGACAAAAUACAGUUGUAAUUACACACCAGUAUAUAAGUUAGGAAAGGGAAGCAUAGCUUCUGAGGAACAAAAAGUCUGCUGAAAGUCCUGUUUUGUAACUUUGAAAUCUACAUUGAAAAAUGACAUUUUAAUCUCUACCAUUUGGAUGUAGGGGGCCAGCUUGGUGUAAUUAUGUUUUCCUCUCUUGCAAAGGUAGGUGAAAGCUUCAAGACAAAAGUAUUAUACUUCCUUUCUUUGUCUUUCAGAAUGAGCCAGCAGGUGUCAAGCGUGGGAAAUCAGGAGUCCGGGCAGUUCAAAAGAAUAUAUAGGCUUAUUGCAUGCUAAAGCUCUUUACAAGGAGCUCUGAACUAACAGUCAAAGCAAGUUGGCCGUAGAUAAGAAUCAACAGAAUUCAAGGUGGGCUGGACUUAAACCUUUUGUGGGAGCAAAGGGAUUCGAGACUGAUGACAUGUUUGACUCCCUCCCUCGAGCUCAGCCUGGUCAUCUGCAGUGGGAGAUCCCAAGAGGAGCUACUGUCACAAAAAUCUUUAAGGAUUAUAUCCUCAUAGUGUCCAAAUUACAAGGAAGAAGACCAAGAGUUGCAUUUCAUUGUCCAGAGUACAUGAAAUAGAAUAAUUGUCCUAAAUUACAGAAUACAGAAUACGACUGAAUGUUGGGGGCUGACGAGGUGGGUGGAGAGAAGAACAAUUUAACAAAGGAAUCCAAGUAGUAAUGAUUCCUCUUUACUGGAUCCUGGCAAGCAGUAACCAGACUCCCUUCUGGUAUGCUUUACUGUGGUAUCCCACCCUGAUUGAAAAGUUGAAUUUAAAGGCCUAAAUAGUCCCUUUGUGAUGAUUCUAUGAAUUAAUUUUAAAGAAAGAUACUUUUUAGAUAAAGACUGA